UCAAAGUCAAAUCAAAAGUCAUUGUUGUGUUGAUUCAUGAUUGUGAAGAAACUGUUGGUCUUGUUUUGUGUGAGAUUUAUUACGUUUAUAAUAUUAUUCUAUUUUUGCAAUGGACACAGAAGUGGUAAAGAGCAAACCUUUAACAAAAGAUGAGACAAAAACUUUGCUGGAGCUCAUAGAAGCCAGCAAAAUUAUCACGACUAAAACUACCAAUGCGACAAACAAUAAAUUGAAAACCGAAGAAUGGAGUCGCAUAGCUGUGCGAUUCAAUGCCUCGGCAACAGUUUGUCGUCGUACACCACAGCAACUGCGUUUAAAGUGGGAAAACUUAAAGAAAAACGCACGUAAACGUAGCACAAAAAUAAGGAUGAAUUGCAUACAGACUGGGGGAGGAGCUGGGGAAUAUAUCCCUCCAGAUGAAAUACUGGAUAGAGUUACAAGUCUGCUGGGAAGCACAGCCAGCGGAUUUGAAGUGCCCUUUGGUGGUGAUCGGGACAUAGACUCUGGUGAUGGUAGUGGUGAAGGUUUCGCUAGUGGAGAAGUGUAUGGUGGUGGUAAUAGUAACGCCAGAGUAAAUGAAAAUGUAAUUAUUUCUAACUAUGACCCAAAACCAGUUCAAAAGAUCAGUACUAGUGUGGAGGACCUGGAGCCUGAGAUGUGCGAGGUGUUUGUGGUGCAGGAAGAGAUCCCUCCUCAAAGACCUAAAAAGCUUUUAUUUAAUACCCCAAAAACCGGUAAGUUUAAAAGGCAGACGGAUCCCCAUCCAAGCAAGAUUGCUAAAGACGUUGCCAUAGCAGAGUACUUUACUACCAAAAAAAAGUGUGUACAGGAGAAGAUGGAAUUUUUUGCAUUGAAUAAUGAAAAAUUAAAAUUAGAAAAUGAAAAACUGAAAUUAGAAAUAGAAAAAAUGAAAAAUAAAGUUUAAUUUAGUUAAUGUUAUAUAUAGUUUUUAGUUUUCAUUAUCUUUUAAAGUAGUUUAAUUUUAAGUUUUGUGUAUCCUUCACUUGUUAUGUAUGUAAAUAGCUAGCCUCUUUUGUAAUUAAAGA